AUGUCUUUUUUUCGAAGAAAGGCCAAAGAGCUGUCGCUUAAUGCAAGUUCCGAUAGCGUUGAAUGUGCCUCUGUUUCGUCAAAAUCUACCUCCACUUCCGGAAUUAGCGCCAAGCCCGGACUUAUAAAGAGGCAUGUGCCAUUUGAAGAGCCGUUAAACCCGAUAAAACCACCUCUGUUUGACUUGACACCAGAGCAGGAGCAAAAGUACAAGCAAGUAUUGGAGUAUUUCCAAGAUUAUGCUACUCAGGAGAUUCCGGUCAACGAUAGUUCAGGCGCACCCAAGCAUGCUAUGACCGAAGAAGAAAAAGCCUGGUUAACAAAAGAGUGCUUUUUGCGGUAUUUGCGGGCCUCCAAAUGGAAGGUGGAUAAUUGCAUUAAGAGAAUUAAGGAGACUUUAAUUUGGAGAAGAACAUUUGGAAUCGUCAACAUUCCUGGUCAUACAGAUGAGACGAAAUUGAUCACACCACAGCUUGUGGAAAUUGAGAACGAAACUGGCAAGAACCUCAUUGUAGGUUACGAUAUCGAUAACAGACCAUGUCUAUACCUCCGAAAUGGAUACCAGAAUACCAGUGCUUCGAUAAGACAGGUGCAACAUUUGGUUUUCAUGCUAGAGAGAGUCAUACAAUAUAUGCCACCCGGUCAAGAUACAUUGGCAUUGUUGAUUGAUUUCAAGGCUGCACCUGCUCACUUGAAUCUUUCAUUCAAAUUCCCAUCCCUUGGAAUCUGCAAGCAGGUGUUACACAUUUUGCAAAACCAUUACCCCGAACGCUUGGGUCGUGGUCUCUUUACCAAUAUUCCAUGGAUUGGAUACACUUUUUUUAAGAUGGUUGGUCCAUUCAUUGAUCCUUACACGAAGCUGAAAACUAUCUACGAUCAACCAUUUGAAAACUUCGUACCCAAGGAACACUUGGAUAAAGAGUUCAACGGCAUUUUGGAUUUCGAGUACAUCCAUGACGUGUACUGGAAAGAGAUGAAUGCAAUUGGCGAUAAGAAACGCGCUGUGUUCAUGACUAACUAUGAGAAGCUCGGAGGAGGAAUCGGCUUAAGCGAGUAUGACUUGCGCCGUGAGCAUGUUAGCACCUGA